AUGGCUACAAUUUAUACACUUUUUGGGCUUCCUACCCCUGAAACAUUUCAAAAAAAACCAUUUCAUGAAGUACCAUUUCAAAAAGAAAAAGAACCAUUUCAAAAAAAACCAUAUCCAUUUCAAAAAAACCAAAAAAAACCAUUUCAAAAAAGACAAAAAAAACCAUUUCAAAAAAUGACUACACUUCCUGCACUUCCUCUUGAAAUAUUCUAUAUGAUAUUUAAGAAC